GCCCCCCUCCGCUCGGGAAGAUGGCGGCGCCCUUAGCGCAGCAGCUGGAGGAGCUGCUCAACCCCCGGCCCGACCUGCGAGACCCCGAGGACGACGCGGAGGAAGCUACAGUUGCUAAAGUGAUUGACAGGUUUGAGGAUGAGACUGCAGAUGACAUUUUACCUGUUGGUAAUAUACGGAAAAAAGCUUCGGCCUCCCUCUUAGAAGCUGAUAAAAGGUACAGUGGAAAAGCAACAUCUCGCAAAGCCUUGCAGGAAGAGCUCUGGGGAGAUGCUCUGUCUGAAGAAGGAUCUGCUGAAGAAACCUUAGAUAUGUGGUACAGUGGCAGUGAAGAUUCAGAAGACAAUGGCAGCUUGGGCAGUAAAACAGAGGAGCAGGCCAGCAGUGCUGGCAGUGACCAGGAGGAUAAUAUGGAAGAUGAUGGAGAGAGAGGUUCCUCUGCCAAAGCACCAAAGUUCAGUUUCCAGAAUGUCACGGACUUUGAGAAAUUUGCAGAGGGGAUGGAUGACAUUGGGAGCAGUGAUGGAGAAGAUGAAGAUGAUGCCAGCAUGGAAGAAGGAAGUGAUGAUGAGAAAUAUGAGGGGGAAGACCAUGACCACAUAAAAGACACCAAUGACAACGAGGAUGACGGGGGGGUGAUGACGUUCUCAAAGGGACAAGCAAGUGAUGAGGUGGAAAAAGGAAAAGCGGUGAAGAAUCAGCUAGCGUUGUGGGAUCAGAUCUUGGAAGGCAGAAUCAAGAUGCAGAAGGCACUUGUAAUAGCCAACCGGCUUCCUCAGCCAGAUACUUUCCCCCUUUUCAGAAAGGAAGGUGGACAGGAAUUCGACAGUGCUGUGGAGAGCUGUUGUAAAGCCAUAGACACAUUGCUGGGAGUACUAGUGGACAUUCAGGAUGAGUUGCUUUAUCAAUGCCCGGGCACAAGGCACCUGGUAGAUGGAAAACAAUCAAAACCUGAGAGUGAUGAUGAAAUUCCCAGCAGCGGCGAUGAAGAGCCAGCAGGUGAAGCUCAGGAGAAGAGGAAGCGCCCUCCCAAACGAAAGCUGAAGGCGGAGGACUUCCCAGAGUUCAUAGCCAAGAGGUACAAUGACUACAGGACGUACCGGAACAGCAUCCUGCAGAAAUGGCAUGAGAAGACAAAGCUGGCAUCUGGCAAAAUGGGCAAGGGUUUCGGCGCCUUUGAGCGUUCAAUCUUGACUCAGAUUGAUCAUAUUUUGAUGGACAAAGAGAGAUUGCUACGGCGGACACAGACCAAGCGAUCAGUGUACAGAGUGCUGGGGAAGAAGGAGCAGGAUUCCCAUCCAGCCCCUGAAUAUUUGCCUGAAAAUUCGGAAGUCCUCCCUGAGACAGAUUCCAACAGGCACCUGAAGGACAUAGAUGAGGAAAUAUUUGAUGAUGAUGACUUUUAUCACCAACUCCUUCGAGAACUGAUAGAGCGUAAAACCACUUCAUUGGACCCCAAUGAUCAAGUCGCCAUGGGCAGACAGUGGCUGGCCAUCCAGAAGCUACGAAGCAAAAUAAAGAAGAAAGUGGACAGGAAAGCCAGUAAAGGAAGGAAAAUCCGGUAUCAUGUCCAUAGCAAGCUGGUGAGCUUCAUGGCACCUAUUGACCACUGUACGAUGAAUGAUGAUGCCAGGACGGAGCUUUAUCGUUCGCUCUUUGGAAGAAUGAUGCGGCCUGAAGACCCUCAGCGUGGUUAGGAUCCGGCACCGCCGCACCUGCAGGUUCUGCCCCGUUCUCUUUGCAGCUUCCCAGCCUGCUCAGCACCGGCCAACCGUCGUGCCAGGAGAGGGAUGUGCUGUCCCUGCACUUCUAUUAAACCCUCAAAGGUUUUUAUUUUGAAGAUUGGUGGGAUUUUUGUUUUCUUCUUAUUUUUUUUUGAGGCGUGCCGUUCUGUUCGUUGGCUGCGGGUCUGGAUGGGGUGACUUGAUUUCCACUGAGUCAAGAGGAUUUAAAUGUCAUUUACAUAAUUAACGUGGCCUUAAAACAGAGAAGAGGUGCUCUGCCUUGCAGCAGCCCCAGCUCCUGGUUCACAUUCCAGUUUCAGAACGGCCUCUUUGCAGCCAUGGACGUCACCCAGCCUGUGGUAGGCACACUGUGGGGACACACCUGGGGGUACUUCUGCAAUUAGAACACCUUGGUGAAUUUUUCAGUCCAGCGUUGAUUGUGGACACUUAAUUAUUUCUGCUGAUUGUGACUGUGAGCCCUCUUCUCUUCGCUGUGACCGUGACACACUUCUGAAAGAUGGCAGCACUAAUGCAGAGCUGCCAGAAGGCAUCACGCAGGGUUUGUGGGCUUUCUGUAGCCAAAGGCCACAGUUUGGAAAUGAAACCUCCAUAAAGGGAAUCUAUUAGCCUGCUGUGAUCAAUGUGAAACCGAGGUUAUCUCGUGUAAAUAAUACGUGCAUAUAUGUGUAUAAUGAGAAUGGCCAUUGCUUGUGACCACAGGAACUGCACUGUCUUUGUUCUGUGGGAUUUAAUUAAAGCACUUUGUGAAUGGA